GUGUGUGUGUUUAGCUCGCUCGUCUGUUUGAAAAUUUGCGUGUGUCACAGUGUGUGUUUGAUCUGGAUUACGUAAACGGUAGAAUGAGGAAGACUCUUGUACGCGCAGGAUGUUUUUGUUGUUGAACAGACACGCCCCUGAUUUAACUGACAUGCAGAAGGAUUAUGGGAAGAAUUAAGAGAAACUCUUAGGAAGAGAAGAAGCAGUCAUGGAGCAGAAUGUUUAAAAGGUGCAUGCAGUGAGCUGAAAUUGGUGAGAAAUGAGCAUCGUUGUGGAGAGUUUGGACCCUCGGGAGCUGGACUUUGAUGGCCAGGAAGGCGAGGAUGUGGAUUUGGGUCCUGGAGAGUGUUACAUCCCAUUUUCUGCUGUGUACAGGACGGUGGGGUUUAAGGAACCAGGAGCUCAGGUUUUUAUCACCACUGAGGCGAUCACAGCGCGAGUGCUGGAGGUGGAGCGAUUCACCAGAGCCAUGGACCGGUUUAACCCCUCCAGCCAAAGGACUGCGUCCAGGCCCAUGAUGGCUGUGUUCCGUAUCGAGUUGAAACAUGGUAACUUCACCUGGGUUGUAAAGAGGAAGGAGAAACACUUCAUCGAGUUACACAGAGAGCUCCUACGCUACAAGACCUUCAUGAGGAUUCCUUUACCUUCACGAAGUCACACCGUUCGCAGAAAGAGUGUUAAUAAAAGCGAGGUGCGACAGAUGCCCAUGUUACCCCGGGGGGUGAGGGAGGAAAUCACCCGGGACGAGCAGGUGUCCAGCAGACGAAAACAGUUGGAGGAUUACCUGAACAAACUGCUGCGCAUGGCCACGUACCUCAAAUACCACGCUACCAUGGAGUUUAUUGAUGUGAGUCAGAUGUCAUUCAUUCAUGACUUGGGCCCCAAAGGCUUAGAGGGGAUGGUGUACAAACGCUCGGGAGGUCACCGCAUCCCCGGCAUGAACUGCUGCGGCCACAGCCAGAUCUGUUACCGCUGGUCCAAGAGGUGGCUGGUGAUGAAGGACUCGUUCCUCAUGUACCUGAAGCCCGACACCGGCGCCGUCUCCUUCGUUCUCCUGGUGGAUAAAGAGUUCAGCAUAAAGAUGGACUUCAAACACACGGAGACCAAACACGGCGUGAGGAUCGACAACCUGUCCAGGUCUCUGGUGUUAAAGUGUAGCAGUUACAGACAUGCCCGAUGGUGGGGACAGUCCAUCGAGGACUUUGUACGGAAACACGGCCGGGCGUUUCUCAGGACGCACCGCUUUGAAUCUUUUGCAAAAGAACAGGAAAACACCCCGGCCAAAUGGUAUGUAAACGGAAAGACUUACAUGGAGGACGUAGCUGAUGCUUUGGAAGAAGCUAAAGAGGAGAUCUUUAUCACUGACUGGUGGUUGAGUCCAGAGAUUUUCCUGAAGAGGCCGGUGGUGGAAGGGAACCGCUGGAGGCUUGACUGCAUCCUUAAGCGCAAAGCGCAAGAAGGUGUUCGUAUCUUUGUGAUGUUGUAUAAGGAAGUUGAACUCGCUCUCGGCAUCAACAGCGAAUACAGCAAGAGAACACUGAUGCACCUUCACCCCAACAUCAAGGUAAUGAGGCAUCCUGACCAUGUUUCCUCCUCAGUCUAUCUUUGGGCUCAUCAUGAAAAACUCGUCGUGAUCGACCAAUCAGUGGCCUUCGUUGGGGGAAUCGAUUUAGCGUACGGUCGCUGGGACGACCGCGAACACCGACUCACCGACGUCGGGAGUGUCACUCGCUCCACAGCUCAGGAUCAGGUGGACGGUUUGGCGCUUUCGGGACUCUCCUCCGUUAACGGCUCCAGAUCGCUCGACUUGGCCGAACUUCCCAAACUGAAGGGCGUCGGCCGGACGAGGAAAUCGCGCUUCAGCCUGUACAGACACCUCCACAAACGCAACCUGACUCACACCAACAGCGCGGACAGCGAAGAGCGAGGCUCCAUGCGCAGCCUUCUGACUGGUGUCGGUGAGCUGAUGGGAAACACUCGGUUCUGGCACGGCAAAGAUUACUGCAACUUCGUCUAUAAAGACUGGGUUCAGCUGGAGAAACCGUUUGAUGAUUUCAUCGACCGGUACACGACUCCCAGAAUGCCUUGGCACGACAUCGCAUCGGCGGUUCACGGGAAAGCGGCGAGAGACGUCGCACGGCAUUUUAUACAGCGCUGGAACUUUACGAAGAUCAUGAAGCCGAAGUACCGCUCUCUCUCGUACCCCUUCUUGUUGCCCAAAUCUCACACCACGGCUAACGAGCUGGCGUACCAGGUGCCCAACUGCGUCAACACUAGAGUGCAGGUGUUGAGGUCAGUAGCUGAUUGGUCAGCAGGUAUAAAAUACCACGAGGAGUCGAUACACAACGCCUACAUCCAGGUCAUCGCAAAGAGCAAACACUUCAUCUAUAUCGAGAAUCAGUUCUUCAUUAGCUGUGCUGAUAACAAACAGGUUUACAACAAGAUCGGAGACGCCAUCGUCGAGAGGAUCAUCAGGGCUCACAAAGAGAAUAAAAAGUUCCGUGUGUAUGUGGUCACUCCCUUGCUGCCGGGGUUUGAGGGUGAUAUCUCCACCGGAGGGGGCAGCGCACUACAGGCCGUCAUGCACUUCAACUACAGGACUAUGAACAGAGGAGAAUACUCCAUCAUCUCACAGCUGAAGAGAGAAAUGAAUGAUCAGUGGAUGAACUACAUCUCGUUCGGGGGUUUAAGGACACACGCUGAGUUGGAGGGUCGACUCGUCACUGAGCUCAUUUACGUCCACAGCAAGAUGCUGAUCGCAGACGACACCACCGUCAUCAUCGGUUCUGCGAACAUUAAUGACCGGAGCAUGCUGGGAAGGAGGGACAGUGAGGUGGCCGUGAUCGUGGAGGACACAGAGAAAGUGGCGUCGGUGAUGGACGGACAGGAGUACCAGGCGGGAAAAUUUGCCCUGCAGCUGCGGAUCGAGUGUUUCAAGACGAUUCUUGGUGCCUUCACUGAUCCCUCAAUCGAUGUGUCUGAUCCAAUCAGCGAGCGCUUUUAUAAAGAGGUUUGGAUGACGACGGCGAGCAGAAACGCGUCCAUCUACGAAAAGGUGUUUCGUUGUCUUCCCUGCAGUUUGGUGCGGAAUCUCCAGGAGCUUUUAAGCUUCCAAACCAAACCCGGUUUAGAUAAAGAAGACCCAGCUAAAGCUCAGGAGAUGCUGAAGAAGAUCCGAGGCUUCCUGGUUCAGUUUCCUCUCGACUUCCUGAGCGAGCAAAACCUCAUGCCGUCUGUCGGCACUAAAGAAGCCAUGGUGCCGACUGAGAUUUGGACCUGAUGCUGCCGAGUUCACAGGACAGCUGAAGAUGGAGUGACUCAUGAGGACAGAUUCUCCAGACGGUUCUUCAGAGUGCCUUGAUGAACAUCUGUGCUUUAUUUUAUACCCAGUGUUUGUCUAAAACACAGUUUAAAGUGAUUUCAGUGCUUACAGGCACGACUGAAAGUCUGAAACUCUUUUUAUUUCUAUGUAGGAGCAGGUCACCUGGGUACCCGGCGUUCUUCCAGAAAAAAUUUACGUAAUCAACAUCAUGUUCGGUUCUUCAGUAUUUAUUAUAAAUAGCACUUUUAGCCGUGGUGCCAGUUUACCACUUCACCUCUGGACCUGGAAAAGAAGAGACUAGACUAACAUUCAGCCAGAUCACAGCUAGAUCCAAAGCUAACUGAGGCUAACUAGCAAGUUGGUCAUGUUGGCAUUACGUUAGUAUUUUCAUUUAAAUCACAGAAAGACUCGGGCAGGUUAAAUAAAUUUCUAAUUACAAGAACCUUUUUCUUUUCUCUGAUGUUUGUCGAGACUUUCAGGAAGUUUUGUUCAGGUAAACAAACCAAUGAGAGAAGGACGCAUCUUAAAUACAAUUAAUAUCAAUUUAUAAUAAUCUCAAACUUUUGUACUGUACCUGACUGUUGUGUAUGUGUGUGUGUUGGGAGGGUGGGGGUUAAAAGAAAUGUGUACGUUGAUUUAUUACAUUUCUUUUCUUUUAUAAACCUGUUUGUUUGUUUGUAUAAUUGUUUUUUUCCCCUAUAAAUUAUUCUCUAUAAUUUUCACUACAAGGCUCCCAAAAGUCUGGAUCAAAUGUGAUAUUUUUCUUAUUGUUUCUGCCGUAAACAGACCAGGUGGCUUUGACACUAAUGAUCCAACAUCGAACAGAACCAGACCUACAAACCACUGGACUUUUCUCCUUUCGCUGAUCUGAAGUCUGUAGUUGAUUAGGACCGGCCCAGAACAAUUGCUGCACUAAAGAGGAAAUUGUCUCUGCGUGAAAGAUCAUCAGUUCUUCAGAUUCAUUGUUCAGUGAAUCGUCAGUGUUCUUGUUUGCAGCACAUACUGUUCACGGGUACCAUCGAAUCACAGGCUGUCAGUUUGAGCAUUUGCUGUAAUUUGUACUUUUAAGUAUAUUUUUUAUCUUUGGAUCCAGACUUUUGGGUCGCUGUGUACUGGGCGCAUCUGUAGCAUUUUUGCACACUUUUAUUUCUUGUAUUUUUUUGUCUUUAACAAUCAAUCAAUUAAACACUAUUCUAUAAUGAUAA